UAACUAACUCCCUCGAUCGCCAUUUCUUUAUUCCUUUUGCAUUCUCAGUGGCACUAUAUAUAUACACACGCGCGCGCGCGUGGACCAGCUAGCAGAAGCGGAUGCAACAGCGCCUCCUCUUCCACUUUGAUCCUCUCCCACGCAUCCCUGAACUGAUCGAUGCACGGCGCUGUCGUUGCCUCCGCCUUCCAAGACCACCACUCCCCCGCCACCGCAGCCAUGACCGCCGUCGAGUACAUCCCUGACAAGAUCACCCACCUGCAGCCCGCCAACUGCAGUGACACCAGGCCGCCUUCUUCCAUCCGUGCCACCCCCUCGCCCUGGGACGACAGCACCACCAACUCCGCUAAAAAUGGCGCUGCCUCCACCAUGCACAAGAGGUUGGACGGCAAGGUGGCCAUUGUGACGGGCGGCGCGCAGGGGAUCGGCGAGGCGAUCGUGCGGAUGUUCGUCCGGCACGGCUCGCGGGUGGUCAUCGCCGACAUCGACGACGCGGCCGGGGAGGCGCUGGCGGCGGCGCUGGGCCCGCAGGCCUGUAGCUACGAGCACUGCGACGUGUCCGUGGAGGCCGAAGUGGAGCGCACCGUGCAGCGCGCCGUGGCGCGGCACGGGCGGCUGGACGUGCUGUGCAACAACGCCGGGGUGCUGGGCCGGCAGACGCGCGCGGCCAAGAGCAUCACGUCUUUCGACGCCGCCGAGUUCGAGCACGUGCUGCGCGUCAACGCGCUGGGCGCCGCGCUCGGCAUGAAGCACGCGGCGCGCGCCAUGCUGCCGCGCCGCGCCGGUAGCAUCGUGUCCGUGGCCAGCGUCGCGGGCGUGAUGGGCGGCAUGGGGCCCCACGCGUACACGGCGUCCAAGCACGCCGUGGUGGGGCUCACCAAGAACGCGGCCUGCGAGCUGGGCCAGCACGGCAUCCGCGUGAACUGCAUCUCCCCCUUCGGCGUGGCCACCCCGAUGCUGGUCAACGCGUGGCGCCAGCAUGGCGACGCAACAGCAGCGGCGCCGAGCGAGGAGGAGGUGGAGAAGAUGGAGGAUGUGGUGCGUGGCCUUGCGACGCUCAAGGGCGCGACGCUGAGGCCGAGCGACAUUGCGGAGGCGGCGCUGUUCCUUGCCAGCGAUGAGUCUAGGUACGUGUCGGGGCACAACCUGGUCGUGGACGGCGGCGUCACCACCUCCAGGAACGUCAUCGGAUUGUAAUCCGGCCGGCCGGCCGCGGCUGCUUUGAGAUCUAGUAAUCCGUGCUAGCGUCACAUGAA